GGCGGCCGCCCGUGGGGAAGCAGGCCGGGGAGAAGGGAGCUUGGCGUCCGGGCCCCCCGCCAUGGAGGGCAUGGACGUGGACCUGGACCCCGAGCUCAUGCAGAAGUUCAGCUGCCUGGGCACCACCGACAAGGACGUGCUCAUCUCCGAGUUCCAGCGACUCCUCGGCUUCCAGCUCAACCCGGCCGGCUGCGCCUUCUUCCUGGACAUGACCAACUGGAACUUACAAGCAGCAAUUGGCGCUUACUAUGACUUUGAGAGCCCAAAUAUCAGUGUGCCCUCUAUGUCCUUUGUUGAAGACGUCACCAUAGGAGAAGGGGAAUCUAUACCUCCUGAUACUCAGUUUAUAAAAACAUGGCGGAUCCAAAAUUCUGGGUCAGAGGCCUGGCCUCCAGGGGUUUGUCUUAAAUAUGUCGGGGGAGACCAGUUUGGACAUGUGAACAUGGUGAUGGUGAGAUCUCUAGAACCCCAAGAGAUUGCAGAUGUCAGUGUCCAGAUGUGCAGUCCCAGCAGAGCAGGAAUGUAUCAGGGACAGUGGCGGAUGUGCACUGCUACAGGACUCUACUAUGGAGAUGUCAUCUGGGUGAUUCUCAGUGUGGAGGUGGGUGGACUGUUAGGAGUAACGCAGCAGCUGUCAUCUUUUGAAACGGAAUUCAACACACAGCCACAUCGCAAGGUAGAAGGAAACUUCAACCCGUUUGCCUCUCCCCAAAAGAACCGACAAUCAGAUGAAAACAACUUAAAAGACCCUGGGGGUUCCGAGUUCGACUCGAUCAGCAAAAAUACAUGGGCUCCUGUUCCUGACCAAACCGAGCAAGAUCAGGAUAGACUGUCACAGAACUCUGUAGAUCUGUCCCCCAGCAGUCACGCAAACAACUUAUCAGUAGUGACUUACAGUAAGGGGCUCCACGGGCCUUACCCCUUCGGCCAGUCUUAAGCGGGUCUCAGCAAGAAGAAAAGUUAACAAAAGACAGAAGGCCUGACUUUGGGGGCAGAGGGUGAGGGGUUCCUCUGGAUUGCAAAGCAAGCACAUCGCACGGACCCCUGGCUCAGACCCCCACCCACCCCCCCAAUCACGGAAGAAGAGGAAGAAAGACUAGUUUUGAGUGAGCUCAGUAUGCAUGUGUGAGUGCUGAACUGCAGGAAUGGUGUUGACAACCAAGAAGAAAUCCUCGUAGCCACCUUGGGUUUGGGUGAUGAUGUCAGUCUAAUGAGUUAGGUCAUUUGGGAAGGGGAAGAGAUUUAAAAUGGGGGAAAAUAAGCCAUCUUUUUAAACAAAAAUUAUUUUGCCUACAGAGAGGUUGUAGUUCUGAGCACAUGUUAGUCUUCCCCGCUUCCUGGUGUUUCUUUUAAGUGGAGGACGGCGUGCUCUACAGAGCAGUGCUUGCUCUGGAAGCCAUUCACAGUGUGGUGAGGCUGGCAUGGCAUGUCUGGGGACUCUGCCAGUCAGCGUUGCUGGGCUUGUGCUGUGCCCGCCCCCACCUGGCUGCACAGUCUGACCUCGAUUGUUCUUAGUGGCAUCUGCCGAUGAGAUCACCUUCCCUCUCCAGUCUCCUCUUGAUUUACACCCUGGACAUUUGUAUCUGUCGGCCUUGGGGCUUCUUAGCAGCAGCACUCUCUGAAUCCAGACUUCCUGUGUGGCCAGCAGAAGCCUGGAGGACAGUCUGGCAGGUGUCCUUUUGCACACUUGUGACAGCUAGGACUGCUUUCUCUUGGCAGAGGGAGUGUGGCCCUUAAUGCCGUGGCCCAUCUUUCCCUCGCUCUCUCUGGGUGUGUGCUUGUGCUUCAUGCACACAGGGUUGUAACUCAUCAAGUGUGAACUGUGCCCUGCUUCUCUUAUCACACAGCUCCCCUCCCUGUGUCCCCCCACAUGUCCUUGUGACGUUCUCAUGACCUAUUAGUGGAGUCAGAGCUACGACAGAAUGAUGAUACUGCCCCAGCUGGGAGCCCCGCUGCUGACCACUGCCUGAGAGGCCACAGUCAGGCGGAAAUAAAAAGACCUCCUCCGGCAGAGGUUGCUUAGUUUGGGGUGGCAAGUUGCAGCCCAGCCAGAGUAUAGGCAUUUGCUCCCUGGGCAGGUGCGGUGCCCACUAAUGUCCCAUGAACUCCAAGCAGGUUGAAAUAUGGAUGUCUCCAUGGGAAUCUUAAACCAGGCUAGAACAGCUGACUGCCAAAGAUACAAGAAUAUGCAAAGUCCCUCUUCUUAACCCCUCCUUCCCUAAGUUAGUGAUGCCAGAGAGCCGGGGAUGUGGAUUUGGUGUGGCUGCAGGUCCCCUGCCUGCCUCCAGCCCCCAUGUGCUCCAGGGUUGUGAGCAGAGCAGAGAGACCAGGGUGUGAGGUUCUUUAGCCUGGCUGUGGGUGCAGGUCUGCCUGUCUGUCUCUGUCUGGAUGUUUGAAAGAAAAAAGCUUGUAUGAAAAUCUCCCCUCACCUUUUCAUGUCCCAAAAAAGCAGCCAACAGUAAGCUUUGUUUCAUUGAAGAAGUCCCUGGGCAGGUGGAGAAGGCCAUGGAGAGGGGAAAUGCAGCCUGGUGUCCAGUAAUUUGGGGCUUCCCGGGGACCCUACUUCCUCUGCACACUUGGACCCUUGAGCCAAAGGCAGCCCCUAACAGGUGCCCAAGCCACAAAUCUCAGGGGGCUUUUGUCUGAGGGCCUUCUUAGGCCCAGUCUCCUAAGGACACUGCCACCCUAAAGCACACGCAUGCCCAGCCAUUCUUUCUGCUUCCUGGCCUUGGAGCAGCGCGUCUCCAGCUGCCCUCUUGGAAUCAUGAGAGGCUUCAACCCUGCCUCACUGGCUUCCCCGUCUGUCCCCUACUAGGUACCUUCCUUUCUCGGUGUUCCAGCAAGGACAUUGUGAGCCACUGUCACAGAGUGUCCUUCCCUUCUUGUGCCCCUUUCUGCUUGUAGCAACCUCACCUGGAAAAUGUAAUGGCUCAGGUACCCUGGCUUCCUUCCCACAACCAAGUCCUGUCUGUAUCCACGAGAGGUAGCUCAUUCAGAAGGCCAGAGCAGGUGCGAUCCCUGAUCCAUGGCUUCCCGGGUUUCACUCUUUCUGCAGCCCUUAGAGCCUCCACGUGCACUAGGCCGCCUUUUGGCAGGAUCCCUGGUCUGGCACCCACGAGGUGAGGCAGACACCAGGUUUCAGGUGGUAAAGGGCCUGAGCCCAGUGGGGAAAUGAGGGGUGGGGCGCAGGCUUGGGAAGAAUCUCUGUGUGGAGUGAGGUAUGUGUGUGUAGGUGUGUGCACGUGUGCAUGCCUGUUUUCUUUCUGCCAUGGGGACAAUUGAAUUUGGGGCAUUUUUCUACUAAAACAGCUUCCUCUCCUCCUGUACAGACUGGCUGUAACCGUAACCCAGACACUUUUCACCAACACAGCUGGUGGCCAAGGUGGGAAGUAGACAUGAGUGUAAAGACCCCCAAAUUUAGCCUGAGCUCCCAACAGGAUGAGAGGGUUGCCAGGGCUCACAAAUGCAGACUAAUGUGCUGUCCCCACCCUUUCCCUGUUACCCCUUGUUUCUUUGGGUGAAUGUGGGAGCAGCCUGCUGCCCCUCCCACCUGGACAGUGGUGGGUUCUGGUGGGGCCUUGUGGUGCCUAGUAGGAGAUGAAGAUGAGGUUUUCCUUUCCAUGUAAAUGAAUAUUUGUAUGAUUAAAUUAACACCAAAAAAAAAAA